CAGCACUGGAGGCGGAAGAGCCCGCAGCGUCGGAGCAGCGAGCGCCUGAAAUCGGUGGAGCGCCCGCAGCGGCCGGAUUUUGUGGCAGGAUGACUAUGGGAAUCUUUGCAAACUGUACCUUCUGUUUGAAAGUCAAGUACUUACCUCGACAGCAGAAGAAAAAGCUACAAAGUGACAUUAAGGAAAACGGUGGAAAGUUUUCUCUUUGGUUAAAUCCCCAGUGUACACAUUUAAUCUUAGACAAUGCUGAUCUUCUGAGUCAGUACCAACUGGACUCCAUCCGAAAGAAACACAUCCAUAUUGCAAGCCCAGAUUUUGUGUGGGAAUCCAUCAAAGAAAGGAAACUCUUGGAUGUUGAGAGUUAUGGUCCUACUCAGGCACUGGACAUCACGCUACCCCCCGAUCAAAAGACAGGCAGUUCCGAUGUGAAAACAGACGAUCUCCUCCUGGAUGAUGUCGCAGAGAAAGAGAACAUUGUGGAACCCACCAAGUUUCAUACAGAGAAUGUUGAUUUUCCUCAAGAUUUUGAAGUUGCAAAAUAUAACACCUUGGAAAAAGUGGGAAUGAAUGACGGCCCGGAAGUGGUGGUGAUGGAGCUGUGCUGUUCCCCGCCUGGGGACUGUCCUUUCCUGAUCUCCGCACACUUCCUGCUGGCUGAUGGCGUGCAGACUAGAAGACAGUCCACUGUGAAGAAAACCUCCGCAGAAGCAAGUGAAUACUAUGAAAACUGCAUUGAAGAGCUGAAGAAGCAGGGAUUUCUACUAAGAGACCAUUUCACACCCAAAGCCACCCAGUUAGCAUCUGGAAAACUGCAAGCACUGCUUUUGGAGGAGGUCCUGGGCGCCAGCACACUGAGCACAGAGGUGAGCGAUUUGGUGGAGCUGCUAUGGGCUGAAGCCCUGGGCCAUCUGGAGCACACACUGCUGAAGCCAGUGAACAGGAUCAGCCUCAAUGAUGUGAGCAAGGCAGAGGGAAUUCUCCUUCUAGCAAAGUCAGCACUGAAAAAUGGAGAAACAGCAGAGCAAUUGCAAAAGCUGAUGGCUGAGUUCUACAGAUUAAUACCUCACAAAGGCCCAGCCACUGAAGAAGUGAAUCUGAAACUGUUAGCUAAAGAAGAGGACCUCUGCCAGCUAAUAAGGGACAUGGUUAAUGUCUGUGAAACUAAUUUGUCCAAACCCAACCCACCAUCUCUUGCCAAAUACCGAGCUUUGAGAUGCAAAAUUGAGCACGUUGAACAGAAUACUGAAGAAUUUUUUAAGAUUAAAAAAGAGAUACUGCAGAGCAGCCGCAGGAAAAGCCCAGUGAACAUCUUGCAGAUAUUUAGAGUUGGCAAAGUGAAUGAAACCACAGAGUUUCUGAGCACACUUGGCAACGUGAGGCUCCUGUUGCACGGAUCUCCUGUACGGAACCUUGUAGGGAUCCUGUCCCGGGGGUUGCUUUUACCCAAAGUGGUUGAAGGUCGUGGCGUGCACAGAACAGACGCUGGAAAUCUUGGGAGUGGGAUUUAUUUCAGCGAUUCACUCAGUGCAAGUAUUAAAUACUCCCACCCUGGAGAGACGGAGGGCACCAGGGUCCUGGUUGUGUGUGAUGUGGCCCUCGGGGAAUGCAUAGAAUUCCACAAGAAGGACUUGUCCUUGACCGAAGCCCCACACGGCUACCACAGUGUGCAUGGAGUCUCACGAACAGCCUCUCUCAACACAGAUUUUGAGGAUGAUGAAUUUGUGGUAUAUAAAACUAAUCAGGUUAAAAUGAAAUAUAUUAUUAAGUUUUGCCUGCCUGGGGACCAAGUAAAGAAAUUUCACCCUCCUAAAAAUACUGAGUUAGAGGAAUAUAGACCUAUGCAUUCAAACAUUUCAAAGGCUGAAGAUUACCAGUUGCCAGACACCCAAGCUUCCAGCAACACCCAGGCUGGUCUUCAGGAUACCUCUGGGAAUUUGAUUCCUCUUGAGAAUGUUCACAUCAAGGGCAGAAUAAUAGACUUUGUAGCCCAGGUUGUUGUUUUUCAGACAUACACGAAUCAGAGUCAUGUGCCUAUUGAGGCAAAAUAUAUCUUUCCUUUGGAUGACAAAGCAGCGGUGUGUGGCUUUGAAGCAUUCAUCAACGGGAAGCACAUAGUAGGAGAGAUUAAAGAGAAGGAAGAAGCCCAGCGCGAAUACCGAGAGGCCAUCAGCCAAGGCCACGGCGCGUACCUGAUGGACCAGGAUGCUCCGGAUGUUUUUACUGUCAGUGUUGGAAACCUGCCUCCUAAGGCUAAGGUCCUUAUCAAGAUUACCUACAUCACAGAACUCAGCCUUCAGGGCCCUGUUGCUGUCUUCUUCAUGCCAGCCACUGUAGCUCCCUGGCAGCAGGACAAGGCUUUGAAUGAAAACCUUCAGGAUACAGUAGUGAAGGUUUGUGUAAAGGAAAUAGGAAAACAGCAAAGCUUCUCUUUGACUAUGUCGAUUGAGAUGCCAUACGUGAUCAAGUCCAUUUCCAGUGACACACACGAACUGAAACAAAAGAGCACAGACUGCAAGGCCGUGAUCAGCACUGUGGAAGGCAGCUCCUUAGAUAGCAGUGGAUUCUCUCUUCACAUCAGUCUGAGUGACGCGUACCUCCCAAGAAUGUGGGUUGAAAAACAUCCAGAAAAAGAAAGCGAGGCUUGCAUGCUUGUCUUUCAACCCCAUCUCGCUGCCACCCUCCCAGACCUGGCUGUCAAGAGUGAAGUGAUCAUUUGUCUUGACUGCUCCAAUUCCAUGGAGGGUGUGACAUUCAGGCAAGCCAAACAGAUCGCCUUGCAUGCACUGUCCCUGGUGGGCGAGAAGCAGAAAGUAAACGUUGUCCAGUUCGGCACAGGUUACAAGGAGUUAUUUUCAUAUCCUAAACACAUCGCCAGCAAUAAUGCGCCAACGGAGUUCAUUUUGUCUGCUACUCCUACCAUGGGCAACACAGACUUCUGGAAGACCCUCCGGUAUUUGAGUUUGCUGUACCCUGCUCAGGGGUUACGGAACAUUCUCCUUAUAUCAGAUGGGCACCUCCAGAGCGAGAGCCUGACCUUGCAGCUUGUGAAGAGAAACGUGCAGCACACCAGGCUGUUCACCUGCGGGGUUGGUUCUACAGCAAAUCGUCACAUCUUAAGAACUUUGUCCCAGUAUGGUGCUGGAGUAUUUGAAUAUUUUAACUCAAACUCCAAACAGAGUUGGAAAAAGCAGAUAGAAGAGCAAAUGACCAGGCUGCGUUCUCCAAGUUGCCACUCCGUCUCUGUGAAAUGGCAGCAGCUAAAUCUGGACGCACCUGAGCCCCUGCAGGCCCCAGCCCAGGUGCCCUCCUUGUUCCACAACGACCGGCUCCUUGUCUAUGGAUUCAUCCCUCAUUGUACACAGGCAACUCUGUGUGCACUCAUUGAUGAGAAGGAAUUUCAGGCCAUGGUGUCCACUACUGACCUUCAGAAGACAACAGGGACGAUGAUUCACAAGCUGACGGCGCGAGCUCUGAUCAGAGAUUACGAAGACGGCAUUCUCCAUGAAAACGAGACGAGCCAUGAGAUGAAGAAACAAAGCUUGAAAUCUCUGAUCAUUAAACUCAGUAAAGAAAACUCUCUCAUCACACAAUUUACCAGCUUUGUGGCAGUUGAGAAAAGGGAUGGUAAUGAGUCACCGUUUCCUAAUACACCAAACAUUUCAAAACUGAUUGCCGAAGAAGAUGUGGACUUCCUGCCUUACAUGGAUUGGCAGGAGAAGCAACCAGGAGCCAGCACAGCACAGCGCCUCCCUUCAGUAUCCUCUGCAUGGGGUGAAGAAGUGCAACCUAAAUAUUUGGUUAAAAAGAAACUGAAGCGGAGUAUGUGGCGGGUCCUUGGAGAAAUGAAAGAGGGAGUCUUAGAUUCACAGGCAGCGGCAGAACCUCUCACACCCAGUUUUGGAUGUAGAGAUCUGGAAAUGCCUCUGGAUUUAAGUGUGAUGGAUUCCCUUCAACAAUCAGAAAUCACAGACAGAGGCGUGCCAAAAAAUGCCGUUGCUUCCAGCUUUCCCGUGGGGGCUGCAGCCUGGAGCUCCUCCGCCAUGCCGCCUCCGCCCGCUCUCCCUGGUGCCUCCUUGGCUUCCAACACGGGUCUUCAAGUGUUUGCUUCCACAUUUCUUGCCCCGGCUGCAGCCAGUGACUCCUGCGCCGUGGCUCUUCCGCCGCCUCUCUAUGGUGCUUUCUCACCUUCCUACAGGGGUCCUCAAGUGUUGGCUUCCGAAAGGAUUGUUUACAGCUCUCCUUCGGUGGCUGCAGCCCGUGGCUCCGCCUCCUCUCCUCCUCCACCCCCUCUCCCUGGUGCUUCCUCCUCUUCCCGCACCUGUCUUCAGGGCCCUCUUUUUUCUCUUUCUGCUUUCAAACACUCAGACCCACCAAAUGACGGCCAGCGCCCCGAGACCAGCAGCGUGCUUCAGCUGGAGUCGUCUCCCAUUUUGCCUCCCCGCAUCCCCAUAAGGAGGUCGUCCCCUCUUAGCUUUUCGAGGCCUGCACAGUCGGAUCUAUUGGAACCUCUUCGAGCCCAAAGUAUCAGGCUUAAUGCUCGAGCCCAAAGUACCAGGCUUCAUGCUAAAACCGCCUCUCGGAUGAGCGCCAGCCCCGGCCCACAUUCGCUGUUCGCUCUUCAAGGCCCUCCUGUUGGUCCCACCAGCCCCCGUGGUUCCCUUCGUCGCUCUGUUGGUCGCGCUCGGUGCUCCAGCCCACCAGCGCUCUCAGUACAGCAGCGCCCUCUCCUGUGCUCUCUUCCUGCCCGAGCCGCACCGUCUGGUUCUCCCACCGGAGGGCUCCGUGCUGCUGACAGUUCUAUGGGAGAAGACACUGAUGGGUUAGCAGACAUACCUCUGAGUGAUGUGUUUGCAGACGUACCUCUGAGUGAUGUGUUUGCAGACGUAGACGUACUUAUGAGCUGUGAGUCUUUCGACAUGGAGGAAGAAGCUGCUGAGACCGAAAGGGACUUCCCAUUGCCUCUACCUUGCCUGGCAACUGAAAGAAAAAAGGAACAAAGGGACUUUCAGGCAGGAGAGAGAGGGCAAGCCGUGGUCCAGGAACAGAGCCGCAGGAGUGCUGCGACGUACACGGAACUCUUCAGUCUACAAACCGAGGAUGGCUUCUGGAAACUUACACCCAACCUAGGAUUUAUUUUAAACUUCAAUACAAAUGUUUUACUCAGCUUUCUUGAACAAAAAGGCAUUCGCUCUCUGGGUGUCAACGGGAGAGAAUGUCUCCUGAACCUGAUUGCCACGUUGCUGGUCUUGCAGUUUCUUCGCACCAAGUUGGAACAAGAGGGGAUUGUCCUGAAGUCGUUGAUGAAAUUGGACGUGCUUUCUGUUUGCAGUCAUAUUCCCUGGGCUUUUGAGAAAAUAAAGAGAGCAAGUGAAUGGGUCAGAAGAACGGAAGGACAGUAUUCGUCUAUCUGCCAGCGGCUUGCACUGGGUAAAGACUGGGACUCGGCCACUAAGCAGCUCCUGGGAAUUCAGCCCACAGACCCUGCCUCUCCUCUCCACAAGGCUCUCAACCAAAGUCAAAGCCAAUGAAAUUGUAUUUUACAUUGUUUUGAUGCUUCUAUGUGCAAAAUAAUCGAAUAUUAAUGGAGACCUACAGUUAAACUUAGUUAUGAUUUUAUUUAGCAUAGCAAUCAGAAUUGAUCAUUUGGCUUUACUAGCAAGAAACAAUAAAAAUUACCAU